AUGAAUGGAUACUGGAGUGAUGUGGACGAGUGGGCUUGGGAAUCGUCCCCUCCAACCGACGAAUUACCCGCUCGAAAUGAAACAUCAGGAGACCAUUCCUCAGCUCUUGAUUCGGAAGUGACAAUCGUGUGGCCAAUCAGUCUUAUCUCUCAUCGAGAAGUUGAAGAAGUUCUUCGCAGGCACCGGUCUGAAACGGAGGCUGAGAAGUUUCUCAAUCUUUCUGCUAAAGAGAGGAGCAGACGCACUUGGGAUCGCCUUGAGGAAAAGAUGGUCACCAUGUUCAAAAUGCUUGGUGUUGAUAAUUGUGGCGCAAAUGAGGGUGAAGAAGAAGAAGUCCUUUCUGGGGGUUUUAUUGACAAAUCAUUGAGUUUAGACGGUGAUAUUGAUGAACAUGUUGAAAUGUUGUGCUUGAUUGAUGCUGGUGAUAUUAAAUCGAGUCUUAGUUAUGAUUAUAAUGUGAUUGGUGAUGAUUCGUUAUCAAAGAAUGAAUUGAUUGUUGUGGAGAAUGAAUUGAACGAUAUUGUCACCAAGCCUGCCUAUGAGGGUGCUAAUUUGAAUCAUACUGAUGCUGGUUUGUCUAAAGGUGAAUUGAAUCUAGUUGAUAGCUUUGUGCAUGUACUGAAAACCUUGGUUGGAAUGAUUAAUCGGGAUCAAUCUUGGGAGCUGUUGGUAUCUCGUUUUAGAGGGGGUACAAGGGUCUGCUUGAAUUUGACCGUUGAUAGCUUUGGAGUGAAUUGUAGCACUGGUUUCUGGUUGAACAUGCUGGAUGAGAACCCUGUUGAAGUUGGUAAAGCCUCUCCUAUGCCUGUGAACCAACUGUGGUGUAAAGCUUGGGUUGAGAGGGCAACUGGUUUUAGGGGAGGAACCAUGUUGUUUAAAAUAGAGAAUUGGAUUCAAAUGUCUACUUGUUUCAGUGCUGGUGUCCUAGAAUUUGAAGGUCACUGGAAGCGUCUGACAUUACUGAAAGAAUCAAACUUCAUUUGGAAGGUUGCUUGGUUGGAACUACUGAUUGUUUGGGCUCAGAAGAAGAAUCAUCAAUGA